AUGACUACCACCAGUACUUCUGCCUCCCAGCUACAGCAGCACCUGUCGGAAGACAAACCUUGGCCGCAACUGAGUGGCUGCAACGAAGACGCCCAAACCUUUAAAUGCAAAUACGUCACUAACCAUAACUCAUUGGGCGAUGGGAAUUUCAGUGUGGUGAAAGAAUGUAUGAAUAUACACACAAGGGAUUUGUAUGCGAUGAAGCUUAUUAAGAAAAAGACUGUUAUAAACAAAAUUCAGCUUAUUCAAAGGGAAUUCGACUUAUUGAGGUUAAUAAGCGAGAAAAUCAGAGAUAUGGAAAAGAAGAAUGAGCAUUCCUUGGACAUAUUUGAGGGACAUCACCAUAUUUUACAACUUUUCGACUAUUUUGAAACUGCAGACAACAUUGUACUGAUCACUCAACUCUGCCAGAAGGGUGACCUGUAUGAAAAAAUCGUUGAAAAUCAGUCUUUGGACCUCGAGACUCAAGUUACAUCAUAUUGCGCCUGUUUAGUAAGUGUCCUGGAGUUUUUACAUUCGCAAGGUAUUGUUCACAGAGAUUUGAAGGCAGAAAAUGUUUUAUUUAGAUUAAGGGUGAACGAAAGCGAAAAAAACCUACAAGGUGAACACCAUGGAGAUUUCAAGUACGAUCUUUUGGCACAUGAUUUAGUUCUCGCCGAUUUUGGACUUGCUGCCGAAUUUAACACAACGAAGGUAAACUCUUUAAAAGAGUUUGUCGGGACUAUCUCAUACAUUGCUCCCGAAAUCGUAAAAUGUAAAGGUGUCGGUGACAUGACUCCUGAUCAAGUUGACAAAUUAGAGAAGUAUGGCUGUCCAGUCGAUAUAUGGGCUCUCGGUGUGUUGACAUAUUUUAUGGCAUUCGGUUAUACACCUUUCGAUUGUACUACGGACGACGAGACUCUGGAAUGUAUUUCCAAAUGCGACUAUUAUGUCGAUGAACAGAUGAUGCAUGACCCCAAAUACGAACAGUUUUGGAAUUUUGUCCAAUGCUGUUUUACCGUCGAUCCUACCGUUAGGCGUUCUGCCACCAAUUUAAAGCAGCACCCUUUUAUCAAGAAUUAUUUUGCUACUUCAAAUUCUCUACACUCGAAGGACACACCGAACUUCGCCUUUAACCCGACAAUCAGAAGAGUAUCUUCUACGGCGUCCAUGCACACUUUAAGGUCUCCGUCGAAAUCGAGAAAGACAACUACUUUGGCAUAUUUAAAUAUGGAUGGCGGUUCCUCAGAAACCUCUACUGCUUUUAGCAGCAAGAUGGAUUUGCCUGACCUUUACGUUGACAGAACCAUUAACUCUCGUGAACGAUCACUAAAUAGAAUCAGAGACACUCUGAAGAAAACACUGUCCAUGACAUCGCUUAAGUCUGCGGGUACAUUUGAUUAUCUUCAUGCCAAUAAAAAUGGUACUUCAUUAUCAUCAUCCAAAUCUGGACUUGUGAAAAAAAAUUCGACAUUCGUUUUGGAUCCUAAGCCACCGAAGAAUAGUUUGAUGAAUGGUUGCUUUAGUACUACACCAGAAUCCCGCUCAAAUUUUGAUACCCCUAAAAAUCUAUCCAGACAAGGCUCCUCUACUAGUGUAAAGAAAUACGUUAAUGAGGUAGACUUGCUUCUAACACCACGGACAGCUUCGAUGAGCAGUAAUGAUACCACAGCUAUCAACGAUAACGAUAUCAAUAACGAUAAGAAUUCUGCAAGAAAACAUACAGCUUCAUUCCAGGUGAAUGUUGAUGAUUCUGAUGGUGAUGAAACCAUGCAUAUAUAG